CUCCCUCCUGCCGCUUUGGGUUUGAGGUUCCUGUGUCAAAGGUUAAACACGCUGUUCCACGUGUGUUAUUGUUUUGUUAAGCCAAUUCAUUUGUGAUGCGCUGAAAUAAACGAUAGUAACAUGGGAAAGAAUAAAAGGAACAAGCCAAACGAGUCAGGAAAACAAGCGGACAAGGCCGGAAGAAAUCCAAGUGAUAAGAAGCUGAAACGAGAUGGGAAACCUAAGAGAGCCAAACCAGACCACCUGAAAGACAUCCCCUUUAGGCUCCGAGAGAUCAUGAAGAGCAAGGAGAGAAUGAAAACGGGACCCUUCAAGGCCAAAAAGCUUAAAGACGUCAUUCCCCCUAAAGGUAAACCAGAGGACUCCCAGGAUGGAGACAUACCUGUCCCACAUUUCAAGAGGAGAAAGCAGGAAAGUGAGAAAGCAUACGUACGGCGCAUGGAGAAUGAGACAAAUCACGUCCUCUUCCUCACCAAGAACCAGGUAGACAGAAAGCCUGAGCUGGAUAUAGAUGAACAAGAGAAGCCUGCAGACAAGGGCAAGUCUGAGAAAAAGAAAGAGUAUGAUAAAGGCAGAUUACAGAGACUGCAACUGAAGAAGUUGGACAGACAGGAGGACAUGUUGGAAAAAGAGAUGUUUGUUGAUAAUGUUCCCUUUGGUGAAGUUUCAAUGGCCCCGCCGUCUUUGAGUUUCAAACCCAGGAAAGCUCCGGGCAAAUCUCAGGGAUCAAAGAACCUGCUUCUCAACUCUCUCCUCGGCCACACCGUGGCUUCCACAACCAAGCCCUCCAUGGCCAGACAGAGAAUAAUGGAGGAGGAGAGGGUGCGAGCGGUGGAGGCCUACCGUCAUCUUAAGAAACAGAAACAGCUGCAGAACGAGGCCAGGACUGCCGGUCUGGAAAAACUCAAAAGCCUUCAGUGACGUUUUGUGUCAAAGAAAGUCAGCAGGGCAGUUCCUAUUGUAAGAUAACCACGAGCAGACGGACUGUAUUAUGUAACUAUGGAAUAUUCCAGCGAGGGAGCUUACCACAGUGUAGCUAACUGUCAGGGAAAGUAGCAAACAUUUGCAUCCACAGGCCACAGUAUGAGAUAAGUUACUAUCAGCAUUCCCACUGCCACUCUCAAUAUCACAUUUAGCUCAAAAGAGAACAAGACAUGCACUAUUAUUAAUGCCUGUUUAAAUCUGAAUACAAAGGACAAACUGAUGACGGCUAAACACAUCCAGACAGGUGACUUCUGUUGAUUUGUCACCCUGUAACUGUGUUGGAUGUUUACUGGCAAGUGUUCAUUUACGCUGUGUUCAUCGUUUAGGGUAACAUUUGUGAUAUGGUAGACAAUAAAAUCAUCAAGGAUAAACCUUUGAUUGUUUGCUGUGGACCCACUAGAUGGCAGUCCUCCAGUAGAAAGCUGGUUUCAUAUUGUUUGUAUGGGGAGUGAACUGAAUUAUUUUCGACUUUUUGUAAAGCAAAACAUUUUUCUUUUUUGUGGCACAACAUGCAAUAUUAUAUAUGUGAACGUAUGGUUGUAGUCAACAAUACCAUAUAGAUAUACAGAGCACUUUAAGGACUUCUCGUCCAUAUUGUCUUAAAAAGAUGAGGUUCAAAGUUAAUUCCUGCUGUUGAGAAACAAGUCUUACCACCAGGUAUAUUCGCCAGCUGUCGCGGAGCUUUCAGCAGGUAACACGGUCAACCCUUGAAGAUUGCAUGAUAGUUUUUCUCAGCUGCGGUUGCCAAGCGCAAGAAAUAAUUUUGGACCUCACUUAUAGGAAUACAUUCUAAAAAUGUGGGGGAAAUUAACUAUAAAAGCUGUCCCUUGUUUUCUCAUGUACCUCUCUGAGAGCCUGAAUCCUGGGACAAAUAAAUCACAUCAGCUUUUUUUCAGAUCACUUAUUAGAGCCUGGCACAGCUAUUUACUUUUGUAAUCCGUUAAAGGUUUACCCCCAUGAACAAGGCCUUUGUUUAAAUAUUGGCCUCUGGGACAAACUGUACAAGUUCAGAGAUGUUUUGUUGUUCUUUCAAAGCAUCGUAGAUCUAAAAGCAAACAUUAUAUUCAUAUAUUUGUGAUAUAGUGAAUGAUAUCACUAGAUCCUAUUACCUAUUAAUAUUAAAUCCCUGUUGUCUGGUCGGUGCUUACACUGAUUUCUGUUUGAUCAGCUUUUUUUUUUUUUCCUACGUCCAUGUUUGUCCUCUGAGGGUUGUCACAGUGACAAGGAAAUGCAUUAAGUGGGAACAGCUGCUUGUGAUUGGUAGUGCUGACUCCUUUGAGCCAGGCUCAACCACUACUGGUCAUGUAACCACCCGUGUCCAUGUGCACAAGACAGCUAUUCAUAUUAUCAGGGGAUUACAGUUGCUGCCUGUCAGAGAAAGAUGCUUUUUUUUUAUUUAUGUCAGCUCAAGUCACUGUUGAUGAGGAAUUCAUGUCUAAUGUAUUAAUCUAAAGCUAACCAGGUCAGUGACAUUAGACUGACAAAGUAAAGAGUCGGACAUUGUUGGGAAAUGCAAAUAGAAUGUUAUAUCAAAUGUCUCUACUCCUUCUUUUGUUUAAAUUUAAAUUUGGAUUAGUCCUGUUGUGAUCAGGUUGUUUGACAAGACCACUGGUCUUUGCACCUUCAUGCAGGAGAUUAAAGGGUGCAGGCACAAGCA